UUACACAUUUACGAUUUACACUCGAACGUGGCGUUAUUACUUAUUAGUUAAUAGUGUAUACUCUAUACUCUUAAGUAAAUGGUGUAGGAUUGUGAUCUUUUUAUUUUUUACUUACAACAAGUACACUGUAUAAGUAUUUAGUAUAUGUAAUAUUUAUAAUUUUCUUCAAUAAAGCAAUUGUUUAAUGUUGACAUUAAACAAUUGUUUUAUGAAUACUGAUUUGUUUUUUGCAUAAUCAUGUUGUGGUAGCCAUUGAUAAUUAGUUAAUGUUAUAAAAAAAUUAAAAUAAACUCGUUAAGUAUGUCGUCUUCCGGAGAUUUUGGUAAUCCUCUUAGGAAGUUCAAAUUGGUGUUUUUGGGCGAACAAAGUGUUGGUAAAACGUCACUCAUCACAAGAUUUAUGUAUGAUAGUUUUGAUAAUACUUACCAGGCCACCAUUGGUAUUGAUUUUUUGUCUAAAACUAUGUAUCUUGAAGAUAGAACUGUAAGAUUACAACUGUGGGAUACAGCAGGACAAGAAAGAUUCAGAAGUCUUAUUCCUUCCUAUAUAAGAGAUUCUACUGUUGCUGUUGUUGUAUAUGAUAUAACAAAUGCUAACUCUUUUCACCAAACAUCAAAAUGGAUAGAUGAUGUUCGAACUGAACGUGGUAGUGAUGUGAUAAUAAUGCUAGUUGGUAACAAAACUGAUUUAACGGAUAAACGACAAGUAUUAGCUGAAGAUGGUGAACAUAAGGCAAAAGAGUUAAAUGUCAUGUUUAUUGAAACUAGUGCUAAAGCUGGUUACAAUGUUAAACAAUUAUUUAGAAGAGUGGCAGCAGCAUUACCUGGUAUGGAUGUAGCUGAGAAUCGACCACCUGAAGACAUGCAAGAAGUCGUGCUUAAAGAUACACCAAAUGAUGCAGCAAAUCCAGAGAAGAGUUGUGCAUGCUAAUAUAUAAUUUUAUAAUUAAACAUAAAUAAUUUAAAUCCAUCCAAUUUUUUAUUACAUAUAAUAAAGUCUAAAACUUUAAAGACUAACUAUUUUUUUUUUUUACAUUAAUGAAAUAAUUCUGGUCUUGGAUCAUGAUUUAAUAUACAUAUUUAUAUAAAUAUUAGAUAAGUAGUACCAGCAAUUAAUUUAAAUAAUACAUUUAAUUAUAAUUAAUAAUUAUAGUAUAAUAAAUUAAUAACAAUUGAAAGAUAUUAUUUCCACAUCGUUGAACAUUCCCAAAGCUUUAAAUAAAUGCUAUAUUAUUAUUGUUUUGUAAACAAUUAUUUUAAUUUAUUUCACCGUUAUAAUUUUUAACUAAUAGUAGUGUGGUUAAUGUAAUUGUAAAUAUAUUUUAUAAUUUUGAAC